AUGAACAUGAUUUCGAGGACUAGAACACUACUGCGCAGAAGUAUCCCAAUUACUAGGUGUGUGGUCGGAAGUUUAGAGCCUCGUGUAAGCUACAACGUUUGCCGUACUCUACCCAGGGCAGCAUUGCAUACCAACAUCAUCGCAUAUAAUGAAGUAAAAAAGGACGACAAGAAGGUUCACCUGGGGUCUUUUAAAGUCGAUAAACCCAAGAUGAUGAUAGCUUUCACGUGCAAGAAAUGUAACACGCGAUCUUCACACACAAUGUCCAAGCAAGCGUAUGAGAAGGGCACCGUCUUAAUUUCUUGUCCGCACUGCAAAGUGAGACAUUUAAUCGCAGAUCAUCUGAAAAUAUUCCACGAUCAUCAUGUUACCGUGGAACAGUUAAUGAAAGCCAACGGAGAACAAGUUAGUCAAGAUGUGGGUGACCUGGAGUUUGAAGACAUCCCAGAUUCGCUAAAGGACGUCCUGGGAAAAUAUGCCAAGAACAAUUCAGGAAACGCAUCGCAGCUCCCCCAUCCUUCCCAGAAGGAAUGA